GUGGAUAUACCAUGCCAGUGUCAGUGGGUCCGUGCCAGUGCCUUUGUGUGCACAGCUUUGUGUUUACGUUUCCUAGGCCUAGAUUGUGAUACGUUGAUCUACCACAUCGGUAUGCCAGCCAGGCAGGCUAGCUAGCAAGGCAUCGAGUCCGCUCUCGCUACACAAAAUGCAGACAGCAUCGCUGGUGCUUUGUAAUCAAAACGAGGAGCGAGAGUCGAGUGUGGAACCGUGAUAUCUGCCACCGUUUGUUUCUCUCAAGUACAAGAUCCAUAAUCUUUCACAUUUUGACUGGUUUAAGAGUGAGAAAGUGAGAAGAAACGUUUCAGCACGGAGAUCAUCUUAAACACGUUUUCAUCACCUGUGAGAUAUACAUGUAUCUUCGUCCGUGAUCUGUGUGACGGUUGGCUCAGACUCUAGUGUGGUCAACCCCCGAGUGUGCCCGUGGAGUAACUUCUCAUUGUGACCGUGGUAGCCGCAGUAGUUAAACAGCAGAUUACUUCGUGAUGGUCAUGUAACUAGAUGUUAAAUCCAGCUAGCUGUUGAAAGUGCGAUGACUGGUUGGCCAAGCUAUGAGAUCAGCUUAGACAGUGGCUAAUGAUAACAACUCUAUUCGUAUAUAUCGUAUGGAGUUUGAAUGAAAGCACGAUUCAAUAUGGCUUCCAUGAGUAAAUUCGCACUUUGGUGUGCAUUGAUUUUAAUGCUAACCUUCACUCUCUUGGUCUACAUCUCGCCCUCAACACCGUCCAUACAAUCAUCAGUACUUGGUAGAAUAACAGAUCGGAUACAUCCCGAAGGAGUCUUACCAUUGCAGGCUGUGAACAAAGACCAAGACCAAGAGACGGAUUCAUUACCUGUACACGUGAAUAUAGGAUCGUCAAAAGAAGAAGAUGAUUCAAUCAGUUUGCUGAACGGAUCCUACCCGAGCAAGGUGUCCUUUAUGAACGCCCAGAAAGAGAUUCAGAAACGUCGCAAGUAUAACAUGGAGCGCGUCUGCAAGAAGUACCACCCAAAUCCCGAGACGGACAUGGCGAAGCACCCGCCCUGGAACGUUAUUGUAGACGACAAAUAUAAACUGAUGUACUGCUACGUUCAGAAGGUUGCUUGUACUAAUUGGAAGAAAGUGUUCUUAGUACUGAGUGGUCAGUACAAUUCAACCGCAAGCAUUCCGCAGUUCUUCACCAAUCGUGAAGGGGCCAGGAGUCUCAAGUCACUCCAGUCUUACCCCGAAGCAGAACGGAGGCACAUCCUCAAGACCUACACCAAGUUCAUGUUCGCCAGACACCCAUUUUCCCGUGUUCUUUCAGCCUACCGGAACAAACUGGCCCCAGACAGUACGUUCUCUCGGGCGGGAAAAUGGCAGAAAAAAAUCGGUACCAAAAUCAUGAGCGCAUUCCGAGAGGACGCCGUGGAGCUGCGCGUUGCGAGGCAAAAUUUCAAUAUGAGCAAUUAUGACCUUUCCUUUGGUGAAUUUGUGAAAUUUAUCUACACCCCUCGAGGACAAAAGAAUGGCAACAAGCACUGGCGGGAUUUACAUAUGAGUUGCCUUCCGUGCAUGAUCCAGUAUGACAUGAUUGGUAAGAUUGAAACGCUCGAGGACGAUGCGCGGUAUAUCUUGAGCGUCAGUGGGGCAGAUAAAGUUGUCAGUUUUCCAUCGGCAGAGGGCAGUUCACCUACCAACAGUUCCGAUCCAGACCUUAUACAGAAGUACUUCUCAACUCUGCCGCGUAAUGACAUAACAAAACUGUACAACCGAUAUUUAAUUGAUUUCCUUAUGUUUGAUUACCAUGCUACUGUAGAUGAUGUGCUUGAUGUACGGUAGCAACAAAAUGAUACAAGUUUUAUACCCACAAUAUUUAUCUACUAUAAACUGCUAAUGAAAAUUAUUUCAGUUGAAGACUCGGUCAAAUGUGGCCGUUCCUGUUUGAAAACCAUCACUUUGCUUUGUUGAAUAUUUGCAGGAGUUAUAUUUUGUAUCAACUAAUGUGAGAUAUUUUAGAGAUAUUUUUUUUUCAUUCUUACUACAUUACAUUUGAACCGCAUCACAGUUGAAUCAGAGCAUUAUAAUCAGUAUGUGCUCCUUUUUGAAAAGAUUUGAGGGGUAAAAAGUUAAGAUGUCAGAGGGGAAUUUCAAUCCCUGAUCAAUGGUACUGAUUCAUACUUCAUUUUGAGUUAGUGGCAACACUUUUGCUGUACUUAGCUUUUAGUGUUUUCGUGGUAUUUCCAUAUUCAAUUCAAUUCAAUUCAAUUUAUUUCAACCAUAAAAAUACAGUUACAAUAAA